CCGCAUGUUUCAGAUUUUAUAUUCUGCAGUUUACAGAUCUGAAUCCUAGUGGAUAAUGCAAAGUUCCUUUUUGCCAAGGAUCGUACGACCACUUUGACUUUGGCUCUGGCCUCCUUGGUGGUCUAUCAUCACCUAUAAAUUCCAUCCAGAUCCAGCCCUGCAACAGCAAUUCGUACUCACAGUUGAUAACAGAGCACACUCGAGAAUGGCGGGACUGUAUGAGAAACCGUCGGAGACGUACGUGAAGAAGCGGCCGCGGUACCCCAAGGAGUGGUUCUCCAUGCUCGCCUCCCUCACCGCCGGCCACCACCGCGCCUGGGACGCCGGCUGCGGCAGCGGCCAGGCCUCUGUCAGCAUCGCGGAGCACUACGAGAGCGUGGUGGCGACGGACGUGAGCGAGGGCCAGCUCCGCCACGCCAUCGCGGACCCCAAGGUGCGGUACCUGCACACCCCGGUGGACCUGUCGGAGGACGAGCUCGUGGGCCUGGUCGGCGGCGAGGGCUCGCUGGACCUCGUCAUCGUGGCGACCUCGAUCCACUGGUUCGACGUCCCGCUCUUCUACGCCGUGGUGAACCGCGUCCUCAAGAAGCCCGGCGGCGUCCUCGCCGUGUGGGGCUACAACUACGACAUCCACCCCUUCGGGGACAAGCUGCAGGGGACGCUGUACGGGGCCAUGCGGCCGUACAUGGACCCGAGGACGAGGCUGGCCAUGGAGCGGUACCGCGAGCUGCCGUUCCCGUUCGAGCCCGUCGGGGUGGGCCGCGAGGGCGAGCCGGCCGACGUCGACAUGGAGGUGGACAUGACGCUGGAGGACCUGGCCGGGUUCGUGAUGACCGGCUCCGUCGCAACGACGGCGAGGGAGAAAGGGGUGGACUUGGCGGCGCUGGUGAAGGAUGUCAUGAAGGAGGUGGAGGAGGAGUGGGGGGAUCAGCCGACGGUGCCCAGGAAGCUUGUGUUCAAGGCCUUCAUGCUGGCUGGGAAGCCCAAGUGAUGAACUUGAACUGAACUGCCAAUUGCUGGUUUGUUUGUUUGCUUGGGUUGAGAAUCAGAAUAUCUGAAAUUCGCAGAUGAUGACUGCUAUAGCCAUGGGAAAUUUUGCUAAACGACA